GCUGGCGGGUCAGGGACGGGGCAGCGCGCCGGUGGUCGUGACGCUCGGUGUUCGGGCCUGCCUCUUCCCCGCUUCGGCCGCGCGAGUGGCGGACAGAGUGGGAAUCCCUGGGACGCGGCCGAGCUGCAGCAUCCAGGGGCAGACAUGCCAACUGCCAAGCAGCUCGCCGACAUUGGCUACAAGACCUUCUCCGCUUCCAUGAUGCUCCUCACCGUGUACGGGGGCUACCUCUGCAGCGUGCGAGCCUACCGCUUCUUCCAGCUGCGCAGCGCCAGGCGCCAGGCUGCAGAAGAACAGAAGUCCUCAGGGGUCCUGUAGAGCCCAGUCUUCCCCUCUGAGCAGGGAGGCUUGAACAUGGACUGGAAAAGACCUCCCUGGCAUGCCAUCUGUGGCAAGAGCUAGGCCACGAUGAUUCGAGCCUGAAGGGCAAAAGUACCGUGGUUUCCGAAGCAGCACUGCCUUGUGCCCUUCUGACAGUUUGUGGAGGCCAUCAAAUAAAUGGGAAUAAGAGGGUGAGGUUUAUUACAGAUA